GAUAAGUUUGUGGCUCAAGAAAGUUGGGGAGAAAGAGAACCGGUGCAUCAACCAGUUUUAGUAGUUUUAGAUAUCGAUACUGGAGCAGUUCGAAUCCUUGAUGUUCCUUCAAAUAUCUCUCCCGGCCAAGCAAUUUGGUGUCGUGAUAGUUCUGGCAUUGUAUGUGCUGGAUGGAAUAAUGAGCCAUGGCGAUUAGGAAUCAUUUAUUGCUCAAGCCGAAGAAAUGCCUUAUACUACAUCCCUGUAGAUGAUUCAAAGUUUGAGCAACUCACUGAAGAAAAUUAUACUAUAUAUUCUCCUCGAUUCAAUCCUCAGGGAACUAAGCUUGUUUAUAUACGUUAUCCAUCUGGUGGGCCACAUCACAAUUGCGCAGCACUUAUGCAAAUUGACUGGAACACAAGAGAACGCUCAACAUUGGUUGAAGAAGUUUCUAAACCUAAGAAUAAUGACUUCUGUGGCAUAUAUAGCAUGGAGUUACCGAAACGAUGUUGGAACAAAGACGGAAAUAAACUGUACUUUCAUACUAUCCGAAGAGUUUAUCAAGAUAUCUUCGAAGUCGAUACUAUUAAUAAAAAGAUUAACUGUAUAACCAAAGAUAAUGAAAGAGGGUGUUGGAGUGUCAUCGACGUACAUAGAAACAUUCUGCUCGCAUCUUAUGCAUCACCGGCAAUUUCGGAUCGAUUGAUGAUAGCCGCAAUACCAUCUGCAAGUGAUCAUGCCUUAACAAGUAUGGAUUGGAUUGAAUUCGGUAAUUCUAUCUGCACUGUCUCUCUAAAUGUUGCUUGCACAUUACACUUUGCGAAGAAAUUGAAAUUAAUUUUUCUUUCACGAUUACUAGAAUUUGAUGCUAUAUUUAUUAAGCCUACAGCGGUAACAUCGCCACCUCUUAUCGUUGUGCCACAUGGAGGACCUCACUCAGCAUUUUAUAGUUAUUAUCAAAUUUAUUAUUAUUGCUUCUGUCUGUUAGGAUAUGCCGUUUUGCAAGUAAACUAUCGAGGUUCUAUGGGAUAUGGCCAACAGGGUAUUGAUUCUCUUAUAGGAAAUGUCGGUAUCGUUGACGUUGCUGACGUAAAAUCAGCAGUGGACUAUAUUUUAAAGAACGGAAAUAUUAAUAAUGAAAAGGUCUUCAUUUUUGGUGGAUCACAUGGUGGAUUCUUAGGAACUCAUAUGGUUGGACAGUUUCCUGAUCUCUUCAAAGCUUGUGCAGUGCGAAAUCCUGUGACUGAUAUUGCAAGUAUGUUAAACGUUACCGAUAUUCCCGAUUGGUGCUACGUUGAAGCCGGAUUUAAAUGGGACUUUCGUAAUCUCUCUUCGUCCGAUGUUUACUCUAAGAUGAUAAAUCAAUCACCAAUGAAUUAUAUAUCGCAAGUUCGAACGCCAACACUCAUCUUAUUGGGAGAAGACGACGAAAGAGUACCUCCAUAUCAAGGCCGAGAGUUCUUUCGUGCUUUGAAAGCUCGCGGUAUUGAGACCAGGUUGUUGUCUUAUCCUGGAAAUAAUCACUCUUUGAGUGAAGUAGAAUGCGAAGCUGACGUAUUCAUGAACGUUGUCAAUUGGUUUUCCCGGCGUCAAUAA